AAAGAUAAAGCUCUUCCAAUAUAAAUGACCCGAGAGACACAGAGCUGUCCCUAACUUUCCUCUUCACUUCCUGGAAGCCGCCUUGCCUUCCCAAUUUCUUAGAUUAUAAGUUAGGGUUGCACAAUCUCCUCAUUCACUCACUAUCCUGAAGGGAAAUCAACCCCUCUAAACUGUCUUUGUAGUUUUGAGAUAGAAACCCAGAAUGGCUUCCACAAGCUCCUUCAGAGCCUCUUCUUCUUCUUCUACUCCUGCCAUCCCUCGAACAAGUACUUAUGAUGUUUUCUUGAGUUUUAGAGGCGAAGACACCCGCUAUAAUUUCACUGAUCACCUCUACAGUGCUUUGGGUAGGAGAGGGAUUCACACCUUCAGAGACGAUAAACUCAGGAGAGGAGAAGCGAUUGCUCCAGAACUCUUGAAAGCCAUUGAAGAAUCAAGGUCUUCCGUAAUUGUUUUCUCUGAAAACUAUGCUCAUUCGAGAUGGUGUUUGGAUGAGUUGGUAAAGAUCAUGGAGUGCCAGAAAGAUCCGGCACAUGUUGUUUUCCCAAUUUUCUAUCAUGUGGAUCCAUCCCAUGUACGAAAGCAAGAAGGAAGUUUUGGAGAGGCCUUUGCCGGUUAUGAAGAAAACUGGAAGGACAAGAUACCAAGGUGGAGGAGGGCCUUGACGGAAGCAGCCAAUCUUUCUGGAUGGCAUAUACUAGAUGGGUAUGAGUCCAAUCAAAUUAAAGAAAUAACUAAUAACAUAUUUCGUCAAUUGAAAUGUAAGAGGCUUGAUGUUGGUGCCAAUUUAGUUGGUAUAGGUUCCCGUGUAAAAGAGAUGAUUUUGCGAUUGCAUAUGGAAUCAAGUGAUGUUCGUAUUGUUGGGAUAUGUGGAGUUGGUGGGAUAGGUAAGACAACAAUCGCAAAAGUUGUUUAUAAUGAACUUUCUUGUGAAUUUGAAUGUAUGAGCUUUCUUGAAAAUAUUGGGGAGGUUUCCAAUACCCAAGGUUUAUCUCACUUACAAAAUCAACUUCUUGUUGAUGUCCUAGAGGGAGAGGUGAGUCAAAAUAUGAAUGGUGUUGCCCACAAAGCAAGUAUGAUAAAGGACAUUCUCUCAUCUAAAAGAGUUUUAAUGGUUCUUGAUGAUGUAGAUCAUCCAAGUCAAUUAGAAUAUUUACUUGGACAUCGUGAAUGGCUUGGAGAAGGAAGUAGAGUCAUCAUAACUACUAGAAAUAAACAUGUGUUAGCUGUACAAAAAGUGGAUAACUUAUAUGAGGUUAAGGGAUUGAAUUUUGAAGAAGAUUGUGAACUUUUCAGUUUGUAUGCCUUUAAACAAAAUCUUCCCAAAUCAGAUUACAGAAACCUCGCAUGUCGUGUUGUAGGCUAUUGUCAAGGGCUUCCAUUAGCUCUAAAAGUUCUAGGUUCUCUCUUAUUCAACAAGACAAUACCUGAAUGGGAAAGUGAAUUGCAUAAAUUGGACAGAGAACCUGAAGCGGAAAUUCACAAUGUGCUUAAACGAAGCUAUGAUGGAUUAGAUCGUACAGAAAAAAAUAUAUUUCUUGAUGUUGCAUGUUUUUUUAAAGGUGAAGAUAGGGAUUUUGUGUCAAGAAUAUUGGAUGGUUGUGAUUUCCAUGCAAAAAGAGGAAUAAGAAAUCUAAAUGAUAAGUGUCUUAUAACUCUCCCAUACAACGAAAUACGUAUGCAUGAUUUGAUACAACAUAUGGGCUGGGAAAUUGUUCGUGAAAAAUUUCCUGAUGAGCCAAACAAAUGGAGCAGAUUGUGGGAUCCCUGUGAUUUUGAACGUGCACUUACAGCAUAUGAGGGAAUAAAAAGAGUUGAAACAAUAUCCUUGGACUUGUCUAAAUCAAAAGGAGUAUGUGUGAGUUCAAAUGUUUUCGCAAAGACGACUAGACUUCGAUUGCUCAAAGUUCAUUCAGGUUUCCAUAUAGAUCACAAAUAUGGAGAUCUUGACAGUGAGGAGGAGAUGUAUUAUUGUUAUGGUGUAAUUGCACAUGCUUCUAAAAUGCAACUUGACCGGGGUUUUAAAUUUCCUUCUUAUGAGUUAAGGUAUCUUUGUUGGGAUGGAUAUCCUUUAGAUUUUUUACCAUCAAACUUUGAUGGAGGGAAGCUUGUUGAACUUCACUUGCACUGUAGCAACAUAAAACGGUUGUGGCUAGGGAAUAAGGAUCUUGAAAGGUUAAAGGUCAUUGAUCUAAGUUACUCAAGGAAGCUCAUUCAAAUGUCAGAAUUCUCAAGAAUGCCAAAUUUGGAGAGUCUAUUUCUUAAUGGUUGUGUAAGCUUGAUCGAUAUUCACCCAUCUGUUGGAAAUCUGAAGAAGCUUACUACCUUAAGCUUGAGAAGCUGUGAUAAGCUUAAGAAUCUGCCGGAUAGCAUUUGGGACUUGGAAUCUCUUGAGAUUCUUAAUCUCUCUUAUUGCUCAAAGUUUGAGAAAUUUCCAGGGAAGGGGGGGAACAUGAAAAGUUUAAGGAAGCUUCAUUUAAAAGAUACUGCUAUUAAGGAUCUGCCUGAUAGCAUUGGAGACUUGGAAUCUCUUGAGAUUCUUGAUCUCUCUGAUUGCUCAAAGUUUGAGAAAUUUCCGGAGAAGGGAGGGAACAUGAAAAGUUUAAACCAGCUUCUUUUAAGAAAUACUGCUAUUAAGGAUCUGCCUGAUAGCAUUGGAGACUUGGAAUCUCUUGAGUCUCUUGAUGUCUCUGGCUCAAAGUUUGAGAAAUUUCCGGAGAAGGGAGGGAACAUGAAAAGUUUAAACCAGCUUCUUUUAAGAAAUACUGCUAUUAAGGAUCUGCCUGAUAGCAUUGGAGACUUGGAAUCUCUUGAGUCUCUUGAUCUCUCUGAUUGCUCAAAGUUUGAGAAAUUUCCGGAGAAGGGAGGGAACAUGAAAAGCUUAAAGAAGCUUCGUUUAAGAAAUACUGCUAUUAAGGAUCUGCCUGAUAGCAUUGGAGACUUGAAAUCUCUUGAGUUUCUUGAUCUCUCUGAUUGCUCAAAGUUUGAGAAAUUUCCGGAGAAGGGAGGGAACAUGAAAAGGUUAAGGGAGCUUCAUUUAAAAAUUACUGCUAUUAAGGAUCUUCCCACCAACAUUUCUAGGUUGAAAAAACUUAAAAGACUUGUCCUCAGUGACUGCUCAGACCUGUGGGAAGGAUUAAUAAGCAAUCAGCUUUGCAAUCUGCAAAAACUUAAUAUCAGUCAAUGCAAAAUGGCUGGACAAAUUCUGGUGCUUCCUUCAAGUCUAGAAGAAAUAGACGCAUACCAUUGCACAAGCAAGGAAGAUUUAUCAGGUCUGCUCUGGCUUUGCCACCUCAACUGGUUGAAAUCCACAACAGAGGAGUUGAAAUGCUGGAAACUCGUUGCUGUUAUUCGUGAAAGUAAUGGAAUUCCAGAGUGGAUAAGGUAUCAGAACAUGGGAAGUGAAGUAACAACAGAGCUUCCAACGAAUUGGUAUGAAGAUCCUCACUUCCUAGGAUUUGUCGUAUCAUGUGUUUAUCGGCAUAUUCCUACAUCUGAUUUUGAUUACCGUGAUGUUGAUCUCAUGUGUGAAUUGAAUUUACAUGGCAAUGGAUUUGAAUUCAAGGGUAAAUGCUAUCGGUAUGAUUCGCCUGGUAAUUUUAAAGAUUUGAUAGAUCAAGUAUGUGUUUGGUGGUAUCCUAAGAUUGCUAUUCGGAAAGAGCAUCACCAUAAAUACACACAUAUUAAUGCUUCAUUUAGGGGUCAUUGGACAGAGAUAAAAAAAUGCGGCAUCGAUCUUAUAUUUGCGGGAGAUCAACAAAAUCAUAUGCCCAUGUUGGAGCAUCCUCAGAAUUCUGGUGACAAUGGAUCAGCAUUACAAGAUACCGAUGGUAAUGUUCAUGGGGCUAAUCAAGAUGAUGAACACUACCAUAUUCCCAUGUUGUUAGAUCUUCCUGGGAAUUUUGGUGACAUUGGAUCAGUAAUGUUCGGGGCUAAUCAAGAUGAUGAAGGCACUGAUGGAAACCGUAAGAGAAGACGUGAUGAUUCCCUACCCGAUGUAGUGGAGGAGCCACAUUAUAAAAGAUUGGGAGCACCCAACACCGAUCCCUUGCUUUGAACUCCAUCACCAGUGCCAAUCAGAACGAAAUCACAUGGGGUUGCUGGGGGUGGAGUUUAUGUUUUUUUCUAUCAACUUAUUGGUAAGUCAUUUUGUUCAUUUAUUCUUUUAGUACGUGUAGAAAAUUGAUUAUAGUUCUUCAACUUCUUUACUAUUUUCUCUUUCCCUUGAUCCCUUUUUUGUUCUAUUAUGUUUGGUUUUUGAAAAACUUGAGGGUAAAUAUAAAGGAAAGAAAAUAGAGAAAAAAAAUUAAAAGGAAAUACAAAGUGAAAAAGAAUAAAAACUAGAUUUAAAGUUAAUUAAUUAUUUUUAUAUGUUUCUUCAAUCUUAUUUCAAUUAUUAUGCUUCAUUAUAUAAAAAUUAAAUAAUUUUAAAAUGUAUAUAGUUCUAACAAAUUUUAAUUAUAUUUAAUUUUUUUUCCAUAUUUUUCAUAAUGAAACCAAACAUUUAUCAUUUUCCUUGACAUUUUUUAUUGUUUUCUUGGUACUCGAUGGGAACCAAACAUAAGUUGAAAACCACUAGGGUAGCGAACAUUGCGAAGUGUGGCCCCAGUAAGUGGUACAUGGUUCAGGGUUCAAAUUCUACCACCAAUGAUACCUUGAAUUUACCUAGUACUAGUUGUCGUGGGUGAUUAGCACUCUGAGGUUUGGGUCCCCAUAGAGAGUUUUAAGGGCUUGGUCAUGGAAGGUUCGAUUAUUAAAAAAAAAAAAAAAAAAAGUCGUAGGCAAUCCACAAUUAACUAGGAUAUAUAUUUGUUCUCAUGUGCUUGGUAUAAGGCACUAAGUAUCAUUAUAUUAAAUUAAAUCCUUCAUCUACACCAUAAGAGUUAGUUAUAAAUUCCUUGCUAUUGAUAUAGGUAAACAACAAUUUAUAUAUGUUUGAAUUAAUUCUUAAGUUAAUGGUUAAUACCAUUAAAUAUGUUUUUAGUUCCUUUGACGAUUAUGUUAUAAUUUAAACAUUUUAGGGCUAUGAUUCUAGCUUCAUUAGCAUGAAGUGUAUCUAAUGAUAUGUGAUUCCCUAUCACUAUGUUUGGUUCCAAGAAAUUAUAAGGGAAGAAAAAUCCUCGUGAAAAUGAUUUUCUCAUGAAAAAAUCCAAGAAAGUAUGAAGGAAAAUGAAAAUGAUUCUCGGAAAUCAAACGCAACCGUGUGAAAUAUACUUGGGUUAAUAAUUAUAAUGUGUGUUUAUUAUACUAUGUUUAUGAAAUUGAAAUGUUGUAUUUUAUAAUUUGUUUGUAGGUAGAAACCUCAGGACAAUGAGGAGAAGUAAAUCUCAAGAUGCAAGUGAGAUUCCAAAUGUUGCUAAGGUGGUCUACUCUUGCAUAUGAUCAGUCUUGCUUACCAUCAUGACCAUCAAGAAAGAUGCUACAAUUUGUGUAUUGAAAGUGUGAAUUAGGAAUGUUAAAAAAUGAAAACUUGAAUUGACAUGUUUUUGCCUAUAAGAUGUGUGGUUAUAGGCCAUUCUUAUGGGUAUAUAAUUGACCUUGAUGUUGCAUAUGAAGCAUAUCACCCUCUCUAUAUCUUCAAGCUAGUGGUUAGAGCUUCUCUGGAUAGUGAAAGACAAGUGUCAUGGAUUUAAGUAUUUUCAAAGCUCUUAUGUGGCACAUAGACAAUUCAAGUCUCUUGAAGUUGUUAAUUCUUUCAUGUUG